GUCUAAUUAUAACGUAGUUUACUAUGUUUGUAUCUUAGUUAACAAUUUUUGUAUAUUUGAUCCUUUUUCGUAACAUGCUAGUCACAUCUCGUAGUAUCUGGUAGUACAUUAUCUAUACAUACUCCAGUAGUUUCCCCGUUGCCUUAACAACCGCUGUAAGCAUCUCGGAAAUAAGACCGACUUUGGAGCGUUUAUGGAAAAAGUAAUGCGUGAUGUCGCACAAUGGAGACGUAGCACGUUCAUCUGAGGCGGGGGCGGGGCUGGGCCACGUGCUGCAGUACAGCAAGGAGACACAGGAAAUGCUCAAAUUGAUGAUGAAAGAGUCAAAGCUUACAAACUUUCAGCAAAGACAGAUCACCAGCCAGUUGAAGAAGGGGGGCGCCCUGCCAUUGACUUGUACCCUCACAUCACUAGCCCCUGCAGCCCAUCCCAAACCCAUGGUCAACGAACCAUCCAGCCUGCCAGUCAAACCACAGAAACGUAGCGCUACGAUAUGCAGAUCUGGGGAUAAUUACGUGCGAGAGAAGUUCCGCCCAUCUGCCAUACGGGAUCUCGAAAUGGAAAAGAGGAGGCUGCAGGGUAUUUUUGCGAUGGGGAAGGAAGAGGAGCCAAAAACCAUCCAUUUCCAGGACUUUCCUGUUGACAGGGGAGCCGAGAAGGAGGUCGACAGAUUCCAAGACGUCCUGGACGAGAUCGAAGACAGAAGACAGUUUCUUGAGGAGAUGGCGGCCCUUGGGAGAGGGAAAUGUUUCCAGAACAUCAUUAACACAGAGAUAUCACAGAGGAUCCGGGAGCUGGAAGUGAUUGACAGAGCUCGCAGCAUGGAGUGGAAAAGCAGCAGAGAGGAGCAGAGGAGGGCAGAAUGUCCCGCAACUGCAGCUGACUGACACACCAAUGGAAACCCUUAGACUUCAAGAAAACUGCCAAGAUCUCUGUUAGCAUUUCUGCUGUUUUGUAAAACCCGUUGGGUGGCACAACCUCCCCCAGUGACAAGAACCCAAACUGAAGGAAAUGAAGUGACAAUGAGUGCAGAAAGAGCGCGUUGUUACCCAGAAUGACAAACCGGUAAAGUGGGGAAGAAACAGAGUGAGGGGUGAGGGGUUAAAAAGGGGGAAAUAAAGGCAUUUCACUGUGAAUGUG